CUUACCCCUCCUAACCCUGAAAUCGUGGAAUGCUAAACUAAAGCCCACCCCAAAAUAUUCUAAACCACCCACAGCGAUAUACUUAUUAAAUGUAAAUUUAAUCUUUAAGAAUCGAAAACUAUUUGAAUAUGUAAUAAAAACAUUAUUAAAUUUAUAAAUUUUAAAGCAGAACACGGCAACACACCGUAGCAGAUUUGAGUCAAUUGGACGUUUUAGUAGUAUAAUAUUAGUUAGCAACCCGUUCCAAGUGUGAAUUUAGUGCGUGUGGAUUAGUCAAAAUCUUGGGAUAGGUCACUUGCGAAUUUAUUAACAAUGGUAAAAAUGGCGACAACAAACAAAAAAGGUGUCGAUUUUAUUAAAGCUAUAACAAGCAUAAUAUCUAAAUCAACUGGGUUCGAGAGCACUUUGAAAAAGGUUCAAAUAAUCGAUGGAGCUGACGGUAAAUGCACUGUUGAAUUCAAGGUAGGACCUGAGCAUCUCAAUCGCGGUGGAUUUUUACAUGGCGGAUUCACAGCUACAAUAGUGGAUAUGGUGACCACGUACGCAUUAAUGUCUAAGCCUUGCAAUCCCGGUGUUUCAGUUGAUUUGCAUGUCACUUAUUUAAAAGCAGCCAAAGAAGGAGACACAAUACUAGUUUCUGCAAAUACAAUAAAAGCGGGCAAAAAACUAGCUUUUAUUGAAUGCGUUUUAAUGCAGAAAAAUGAUGGAGCCAUUGUAGCCAAAGGAAGUCAAACGAAAUUUGUGGAAUCUCUGCAGUACUAAUAAUUUACCAAAAUCUUUAGAGUCGCUUGAUUGUUAAAUAAAUGUCACUAAUUUCCUGGUACAUCUACAUUUCGAUUGACUUUUUUUUUAAUAAUAAUUUAUUUUAUUUGGCCUGGUAACACUUCAUGCGGUACGGUUCAUAAAUUUUUGGCCCUUUAAAUUUUGGGCAUUGAUUACGUAUAUUUUUUAUUUCAAUAAAUUUAAAUAAUUUAAUUAAAAA